AUGGUAGCUCGACUAAGUUCCUCGAAAUAUUGGGCGCCAGGUGCGAUUCCUCGCACCACGAUCCACAAGGGGUGCGUUCGGAAAAACGCUAUUAACGCUAUAAACGCAAACGCUACCAAAACUGUUCAUGGAGCCAAUAGCGCGAUAGCGAUAGCGAGCUCCAUGAACGGCACUAGCGUAGCGUUGGCAUUAUUGGUGUUUGCGUUUGCGUUUAGGAUGCUUCCUGGAACCUUCGAGUAUCUUCUGUCUAUUAUACUAAGAGAGAAAACAGAGGGAGCACCUAUGAUUUCUCCACGCAAACAGUGUUUGUUGGCGUUGUGGCGAUUAGCUACUCCAGAUUCUUUAAGGUCGAUUUCCGAUCGAUUUAAUGUCGGUAGAAGUACUGCAUUAUAUAUAACAAGACGUGUUAUAAAUGCACUUAUUGAGCUGGCACCUACUGUAAUUAAAUGGCCUACAAAUGAACGAGUUGGUCAAGUGUGGGCAGGAUUUGAAGCUAAUAGUGGAUUCCCUAAAGUCAUUGGUGCUAUUGAUGGCACGCACAUCAAUAUUCCAGCUCCUAAAGAUGAUCCAGCAGCAUAUGUCAAUCGCAAAAGUCAUCACUCAAUCCAACUUCAGGCUAUUUGUGACCACACUUGCCAAUUUAUCCACUGUUAUGUUGGACAUGUGGGGUCGGUACAUGAUCAACGAGUGUUUCGUCUGUCGGAAGUACAAUCCUAUCUUGGAAAUGUGUCAAAGUUUCCACAAGAUUGUCACUUAGUUGGAGAUCUAACCUAUAAAUUGCAUGAAAAUUUGCUAAUACCGUAUCGAGACAAUGACCAUAUGACACAACGUCAACAAAAUUAUAACUUUUGUCAUGCUUCUGCGAGAAUUGCUAUUGAAAGAGCUUUCGGACUAUUAAAGGGACGUUUUCGAAGUCUUCUUACAACACUUGCAAUGGAUAGAGUAGACUUAAUUCCACUGCAUAUUCUUGCCUGUUGUGUUUUACAUAAUGUGUGUCUAAUGAAAAAUGAUGAUUUUAAUAUAGAAGUGACUGAGGAUGUAGAUGUGAUAGAUUGUGUGAUGGCCAAUAAUGAAAAUAUGCGUGAUGCUGCUUAUGCAGGUGCUGCAAAGCGAGAUCUAAUAGCUCAGAGAUUACGACUAAGAAAUGUAUAA